GCGGCUGCGGGUUCCCCGCCCGGGUGCGGGUCGUGUACCCCCGGCUCUAGCUCUGCUCUCCCCGCGCAGCCGGCUCCCCCUCCGCGCUCGCUCACCUCCUGCCCGCCAUGGAGCCUUUGGCUUUCCCCCGGCGCCCCGGCCCAGCUCCCUCGGCCGCCUCCGCCCUGACCGCCGAGCUUGCCCGGCCGCUGACCGACGGGCUCAUCAAGUCGCCCAAGCCCCAGAUGAAGAAGCAGGCGGUGAAGCGGCACCACCACAAGCACAACCUGCGCCACCGCUACGAGUUCCUCGAGACCCUGGGCAAGGGCACCUACGGGAAGGUGAAGAAGGCGCGGGAGAGCUCGGGGCGCUCGGUGGCCAUCAAGUCCAUCCGGAAAGACAAAAUCAAAGAUGAGCAAGACCUGAUGCACAUUCGGCGAGAGAUUGAGAUCAUGUCGUCACUCAACCACCCCCACAUCAUUGCCAUCCAUGAAGUGUUUGAGAACGGCAGCAAGAUUGUGAUCGUCAUGGAGUACGCCAGCCGGGGCGACCUGUACGACUACGUCAGCGAGCGGCAGCGGCUCAGCGAGCACGAGGCCCGCCAUUUCUUCCGACAGAUUGUCUCGGCCGUUCACUACUGUCACCGGAAUGGGGUUGUCCACCGGGAUCUCAAGUUGGAGAACAUCCUCUUAGAUGCCAAUGGAAAUAUUAAGAUCGCGGACUUUGGGCUCUCCAACCUCUACCACCAGGGCAAGUUCCUGCAGACGUUCUGCGGGAGCCCCCUGUACGCCUCCCCCGAGAUCGUCAAUGGGAAGCCCUACACGGGCCCGGAGGUGGACAGCUGGUCCUUGGGUGUCCUUCUAUACAUCCUGGUGCAUGGCACCAUGCCCUUUGACGGGCAGGACCAUAAGACGCUGGUGAGACAGAUCAGCAACGGGUCCUACCGGGAGCCGCCUAAACCCUCCGAUGCCUGUGGCCUGAUCCGGUGGCUAUUGAUGGUGAACCCCACCCGCCGAGCCACCCUGGAGGAUGUGGCCAGUCACUGGUGGGUCAACUGGGGCUACGCCACCCGUGUGGGGGAGCAGGAAGCUCUGCGUGACGGAGGGCGCCCUGGCAGCGACUCUGGCCGGGCCUCCAUGGCUGACUGGCUCCGGCGGUCCUCCCGCCCUCUCCUGGAGAACGGGGCCAAGGUCUGCAGCUUCUUCAAGCAGCACGCGUCCGGCAGCGGCAGCGGCAGCGGCAGCGGCAGCGGCAGCGGCAGCGGCAGCAUCGCCCCAGGCCUGGAGCGCCAGCAUUCACUGAAGAAGUCCCGCAAGGAGAACGACAUGGCCCAGUCUCUCCAGGGGGACCCGGCAGACGACCCCUCCGUUCGCCCUGCCAGGGGCAACCUCAGGCUGCCCAAGGGCAUUCUCAAGAAGAAGGCACUGCCGUCGUUGGAAGCGGCGAGGGAAGACCCUGAGCCCAGCCCAGGCCCCGCAGACCCAGGACAGGCUGGCCCCCUGCUCCCCAAGAAGGGCAUCCUCAAGAAGUCGCGGCAGCGGGAAUCUGGCUACUACUCCUCGCCUGAACCCAGUGAGUCUGGGGAGCUCCUGGAUGCAGGGGACGUGUUUGUGGGUGGGGGCUCUGAGGAGCAGAGGCCCCCCCAAACCUCAGGGCUGCCGCUCCAUCGCAAAGGCAUCCUCAAACACAAUGGCAAGUUCUCCUGCACGGCCCUGGAGCUCCCAACCCCCACCGCCUUCGGCUCCUUGGACGAACUGGCCUCCCCUCACCCUCUGGCCCGGGCCAGCCGCCCCUCAGGGGCUAUGAGUGAGGACAGCAUCCUGUCCUCUGAGUCAUUCGACCAGCUGGACUUGCCUGAACGGCUCCCCGAGCCCCUGCUGCGGGGCUGUGUGUCUGUGGACAACCUCAUGGGGCUUGAGGAGCCCCCCGCAGAGGGCCCUGGAAGCAGGGGCCUGAGGCGCUGGUGGCAGGACCCCUUGGGGGAUAGCUGCUUUUCCCUGACGGACUGCCAGGAGGUGACAGAGGCCUACCGACAGGCACUGGGGGUCUGCUCCAAGCUCAGCUGA